AUGGCAGCUGCUAAGCGUUGGAGUUUAAAAUCAUGCGAUUCAUCUUCGCCAGAUAUGUCAAUAGAUCGAUGCCAUCGUACAUUUAGAAGAAGAACAGUAUCAAGUAGUAGUGAACAUGCUAACACGUCACAUGAUGAACAAAUGUUUAUGAAUCGAACAAAACAACAUCUACCAGGAGAUAAAUGGACUGACGAUUUUUCAACUAGUGACGACGAGUAUCAAGUGCUAUGUAGCCAUCGUAAUGCAUCGCGAUAUAAUCUAGAAAUAAUUUUAAAUGUUACGUGCACUAAUGCUGAACAAAAAAUUUUACAACAGAAACAACUUUCAGCGAAUCUUCAUCAAAUAUCGCUCAUGGUGUCUGAUAUGCAGAACGAUGGAUCAGUAGACAAAUUUAUUGAAGUGGCAGUUCUUACCGUACCUAUUGAUAAUCAGUAUUAUUCAUCAUCUUAUCUGAUCAGUACUGUUGACAACAAAAACAUUCGUGGUAAUACAACAUAUCUACCAAUUAUCGGAAAUAAAUUUGAGGAUCGAUCCUAUCGAUUUCUAGUCAAAUAUAAUCAAGACAUGUUGAAAAGUAUUGGAAAUUUAACACCGUUUAGAUUUAAUAAAGAAAAUGUAGAAGAAAUUAACAAUGAAAGUUAUGGUAAGAAUUGUGAUAUUCUAUCUCUUUAUGGUAUUCUGGUGUGCUUAUUACGUAAACGUCGUUAUGCAACGAUGGUCCAAGCUUCAGACUCGCACAACUCAGGACCAGCUCAGUAUCCAGUAAUCCGAAAAUAUCAAACAAUGAUUACGCAAGAAGAAUAUGUGGUGCUCUAUGUAGCUAUUAUGAUUAAAGUUAAUGACAUACCCUACUUUCAUCCAACAAAAGGAUUUUUAGACAGUACCAAAGAUACGAUGCAGUUAAAAAAUCCAAUAAGAAUCUUACUGACAAAAGAAAAUGUUAAAAAAGAUGGGAUAAUAGAACUGAAAAUGGCAAUUAUGAAUCCCGGAGCAUCAAACACGACUCAAAGAUCAUUUUUGCCAUUUGAUACAACUUUUAGCCAUACAACAUCGCAUAAACACGCGCAUGAUAUUUAUCAACACCAUUCUCCCAGUAUGAGUUCAGAUGAAGAAUUUAAUGUGUUUAAGACUAAUGAUCCAGUUUCAAAACAGGAUCUUAGUGAUUAUUAUCUAGCAUGUGCCAUUAGUCAUAACGGUAAAAUAGACUGGGAAACAUUAAGUUUUUCUAGCAAAAUGACAAAACGUUUGUAUAAUCCAGCAUGCUACAAAGUCAAAUAA